CAGCUAGUUUUAUUCCAGGGAACAGGAAGUGAUAGUUAGUGAGCUGUGCGAUUCACUUUCACACAGAAGGAACAUCAGAUCAUCAGAUAAACGCAAUAUAACUUAAAUCAGGAUGCCUGAGGAGGAAGAUGCUUACAAAAAGACCGGUGAGGCCAAAAAAUAUGACCCCACCUUCAAAGGGCCUAUCCAUAACAGAGGAUGUACAGACAUCAUUUGCUGCAUCUUGUUCCUGGUGGCCAUAGGGGGUUACCUUGCAGUGGGAAUUGUGGCCUGGUCUCACGGUGAUCCACGGAAAGUGAUCUACCCUACGGACAGCGCAGGACAGUUCUGUGGACAGGGAAACCUGGAGAAGAAGCCGCUGUUGUUUUACUUCAACAUGAUGAAGUGUGCCAGCCCCAUGGUCCUGCUGGAGUUUCAGUGUCCCACCCCUCAGCUGUGUGUAGAGAAAUGUCCUGAUCGUACUACGACUCUGGUUAACGCCUACCCAAAUCCACUGGAAUGGUCAUAUUACAAAAGUUUUUGCAGAGAAGAUCCUGGAAAGAAAACUGUGCCAGAAAUUUUGCAACAAAAACUGUGCCCGGCAAUUCUAGUUUCCAGCAAACCAUUUUUGCAGCGCUGUUUUCCAUCUAUGGGCAAAAAGGGCGGAACUAUCACAGUGGGCGAUAGCGAGACGUUUACAGAUGCAGAUGGAAAUAAGAGAAAUGCCAAAGACCUGGUGGACGGGAUGACGAAUGCCACAGUAGUCAUAGAGGGUCGACAGGUUGCAAUGAAGAUCUUUGAAGAUUACACAAAGUCUUGGUACUGGAUCUUACUUUGUUUGGUGAUGGCUCUGGUGGUGAGUCUGAUCUUCAUCGUUCUUCUGCGUUUUCUGGCUGGAUGCAUGGUUUGGGUCAUGAUCCUCAUGGUCGUCAUUGUCAUCGGAUGUGGUAUCGGUUUCAGCACUUAUAAAUAUGUCAAUCUGAAGGAAACACCUGGUGCUAAUGUUACUCUACAGCAGCUGGGCUUUCAACCCGACUUCAGCGUUUACCUGCACAUCAGACAGACCUGGCUGGCCUUCAUAAUUAUUCUGGCUAUCCUGGAGGUCAUCAUCAUCGUGGUCCUCAUCUUCCUUAGGAAUAGAAUCCGAAUUGCAGUUGAGCUUAUGAAAGAGGCCAGCAGAGCCAUCGGUUAUGUGAUGUCAUCACUGUUCUACCCUAUUUUUACCUUCUUCCUCCUGACUAUAGUCAUCGCCUACUGGGCCGUCACUGCGGUCUUUCUCUCUACAUCCAGUCAAGCGGUUUAUAAAGUUUUCAAUGAAACAGAAUGUUCUCAUUCCAGAGAAACCUGCAACCCUGAGAACUUCACCAUGUCUGACAUAAAGAAAGACUGUCCACGCUCCGACUGUCUGUUUGCUUUUUAUGGUGGGGAAACGGCGUACCACAAGUAUCUGAUCCUCUUUCAGUUCUACAACGUCUUCCUGUUCUUCUGGUGUGCCAACUUCGUCACUGCCCUGGGUCAGAUGACUCUUGCAGGGGCUUUUGCAUCCUACUACUGGGCUUUAAAUAAAUCCAAAGACAUGCCCACCUUCCCUCUCUGUGCCGCUUUGGGCAGAUCCCUCAGGUAUCACACAGGAUCCAUGGCGUUCGGCUCUCUCAUCCUCGCCAUUGUCCAGGUUAUCAGGGUUUUGUUGGAGUAUCUUGACCACAAACUCAAGGGAGCAGAAAAUAAAUUUGCCAAAUUCUUGUUGUGUUGUCUAAAAUGCUGCUUCUGGUGCCUGGAGAAGUUUGUCAAGUUCUUGAACAGGAAUGCCUACAUUAUGGUGGCCAUACAUGGGAAAAACUUCUGCAGGUCGGCACGGGACGCCUUCUUCCUCUUGAUGAGAAAUGUCAUCAGGGUGGUAGUCGUGGAUAAGGUGACAGAUUUCAUCUUAUUCCUUGGCAAACUCCUCAUUGUGGGUCUUGUGGGAAUCUUCGCGUUUUUCUUUUUCUCCGGACAAACGGAUGCAUUUAAGGGCGCCGCACCCAGUCUCCAUUACUACUGGGUUCCCAUUUUGACGGUGUUGGUGGGCUCCUAUCUCAUUGCUCACGGGUUCUUCAGCGUUUAUGCUAUGUGUGUGGACACACUCUUCCUCUGCUUCUGUGAAGACCUUGAACGUAACGACGGCUCUGCUGAACGCCCGUAUUACAUGACCGCGACUCUUCACGAGAUUCUGCUGAAGGACCCGGAAGACCCCGCCUCUCGAACCCCGGUCUCGCGUGACGAGACCAUGCAGCUGACAGCUCCAGACAAAACCAUACAAAGCAGUGAUGCUUACAACCAGUAAUCAUGAUGAACAUUCUCAUCUGCCUUUUAGUACUGGAAUGAUAUCUCAUAACUAUCUAGUUUAUUAUAUCGAAGAAUGAACGCUUACAAAUUGAUUUAGCCAUUGUCAUGUAGCAGUCGUUUACAGAAGUUAACGUUUGUAAUGAUUUAAUAAUAUGUUCUGUUCUGGGUAUUAUGAAUAAUGAAGGUGACCCAAAUCUGAAAAUCAUGUCAUUUUUACUCGCCCUCAUGUUGAUCCAGAGAAAGAAGUGCUUCCACAAAAGUUAAAAUAAUCCGAGUCAAAUAAACCUUCGAUGAUGUGUUUGUAGAGAAUAACCGAUGUUAACUCUUUCCCCGCCAGCAUUUUUUUUUUAAAGUUGCCAGCCAGCGCCAGCAUUUUUCAUGAUUUUCACAAAAGUUUAAUGCCUUCCAGAAAAUGUUCUUCUUUAAAUAGAUAAACAAACAAUAUAUCAGAUGAAAGAACAGACCCUCUGCUUUCAAAAAAAAAAACACGUUUCAUCCUACCUUCAUUAGUUCUCUUGUAAUCACCUCUCAAACAUGAGUAGGUUUCUUCAAAAACACCCAAUUUUGAGCAAAAAGCUGAGAUAAUUCCAUUUUUGCGAAUGACUUUUCAUAGAGAUCAGAUGCAGAGCGAUCUUUAAAACAUACACGGAGUUCUUAAGUUGCGGAUGUGGUAUUGCAGAAGCGGUAUUGCAGAAAGACGGAAAAUCUCGUCAUUGGCGGGGAAGCGUUUUCUCUUAAUUGAUGAGAUAUCUCGUCAAUGGCGGUGAAAGAGUUAAACAAGCACUUUAUGCUGUCAUCUAUACGAUGCAAUUUUUUUCUUAGUUGUUUUUUAUGUUUCAACAAUGUGUCUUAAGACUAAUGUUGCUAAAUAUUGCUGCACUUUCUUCAGACUGUAAGCCAUAUAUUUUUAAAGCCACAAUAUGUAGGAUUUUCACCACUAGAGGUCACUAUUACACAAUAGAACAAUGCUGUAUAAUCGUCACCGUUGGUGGCCGGCGACUUCUUUUUUCGAGGGGGCACGAUGCGAAGUUCGUCACAACAUGUAUGUAGCCCAUCAUGUGUGUGGUUGGUAAUUUCAAAAUAUGUGUUCGACGCGUCGAGUGAACCUGUGUGCAUCACGUGUUUUGUCAAAAUAAGUGCCUGCUGCAGGGUUUAUGAUAAAAGAGACGCUAGCAUUUGCCAGAUACUGGAAUAAUCUCAUGUUUAAUCAGAGUUUACUGUUAAGGGAGUGUCUUGUGUGUAUUCUGUGACUGUGAGCGCCUCUUUUAUCAUAAACGGUUUUGACGCGUGUGCAGCAGGCACUUAUUUUGACAAAACACGUGAUGCACAUGGUUUACAUGAUGCAACAAACACACAUUUUGAAAACACGAGCAACAAACAAGACACUCUUUAUUCUUUAUUCGAGGGCGCACGAUGCAAAGUUCGUCACAACAUGUAUGUAGCCCGUCAUGUGUGUGGUUCGUAAUUUCAAAAUAUGUGUUCUGCGCGUUGAGUGAAUCUAUAUGCAUCACGUGUUUUGUCAAAAUAAGUGCCUGUUGCAGAUAUAAAGGGUUUUGAUAAAAGAGGUGCUCGCGUUUGCCAGCUAUUUUGAAUUUGUGCCCCUCUGAAAAGCAGUCACGAGCCGCCACUGUCCGUCACGUCUGCGUUUGUCCACUCGUGCUGCCAUAGUUUCUACAACCAGGAAACUGAGGAUACCGUUAUAUUUAGCCCAGUCUCACGAAAUGACGUUAUAUAGUCAAGUAAUUUUUUUUUAUUCUUUAUUUCGUGAUAUUAUCACAAAUUUCCUUGUUUUUUCGUGAUCGUAUAACGAAUUCCUGUUUUCGCGUAAUUAUCACGUAUUGGUUACUCAACUGUUUUGUCCUAAUUUCUAACCAUUGUCGCUUCGGUUUUGGGUUAGAUUUACUUAAAAUGACAUCCCUACCCGGGUGAUUCUCACGAAAACUUGGUUUUAAAAAUGUCAAGCAUGAAAAUGUAAAAAUUGCUUAAAUUUACUUUUUUUUUCCACCAGACAUUGAAAAACAAAGUCUGGAGUAAAUGGGAACAUUAAUUUUAACACUUUUACUGAUCAUUUAACACUUUUUGUAACAUAAUUUAAAAAAUUAGUCCAAAAAUCUCAUUACCGCAACAGUCAGAAAACAUCAACACUGACAUGUUUUCAAAAUGACAUGACAAACCUGAAAGAACAUAAUUUGGAGAUUCUGCACAUGCAUUUAAAAUCAAAGUAUUAUGCUUCUAUUAAUUAAAUUAACAUUUAAUAAGCAUCUGUUGUGGUAAUGAUAAUCAAAAUGUCGUGUAAGCAUUCUGAAAAGACAAUAUUUCAAAUUAACUGUAAAAAAAUGAUCUUACCUGGUAGCCAUCUUGAAGUAAGUGGUCCAUGUGCUUGGUCACUCAAAAUCAAACUUUAUAAAAAUUCUGUAUGUGUGCUUAAACUGUUCUCAAAAAGUGUUGCGGAGGAUAAGAACAUCAGGCAUGGACACAUCAUUUUCCUAAUUUUUCUUCAUUAUUAUUAUACAUGAAUAUUCAGUAAAUAUUUUUUCUGUCAUCUAAAGUAGUCUAGCAAAACAUCCAUUUAUUUUUUUUCUAAAUAUUUUUGUUAAUUUGACUAAAUUACAACAUAACGCAUGUUCAAACACAGCCGGACACAUUGCGGUAAUGAGAAUUUCAGCAGAAAAUGAGAUAAAAUUGACAAAUUAUAAAUUCUUAUGUUGAAAUCACACAUUGUGCAAGGUAGAACACAGUAUUGUGUUAAUUCUGAUGCUUUUUAAUAUUACUAUAUUACACAUUUUAUAGCUAAAAUCAUUAGUGCCGUGGUGUUUCAAUGGUUUCGUGAGAAUCACCCACUCAAACCCAACUCUAACCCUAACGCCAGGCGACAUAUAAAAAAUAAAUCAGAAAAAAUAGUAUAAACCAAUACAUAAAAUGACAUUCUAAUGCAAGCAACAAAUCUAACCCUAAACCGAAGCGACAAUGGUUUGAAAAUAGGACAAAGCAGUUGAGUAACCAAUACGUGAUAAUCACAUGAAAACAGGAAUUCGUUAUACGAUCACGAAAAAAACUUGGAAAUUCAUGAUAGUAUCAUGAAAAAGAAUCAAAAAAUUACGUGACGAUAUCACGAAACCCCGUGAGACUUAAGGAAUAUUAAGUUACCUAAAAGGGCGACAAUUACAGGGGAGACAAGGGACAAGCCGUGGGCACUGGGAUAGCUGCCCACUGCUCUAGUUGUGUGCGUGUGUGCGUGUGCGCGUGUGCGUGUGCGUGUGCAUGUGCGUUGCGUGUGUGUGUGUGUGUGUGUGUGUGUGUGUGUGUGUGUGUGUGUGUGUUUACUACUCACUGGGAUGGGUUAAAUGCAGAGCUCACAUUUCGAGUACACUUUGCAUACUUUACAAGCAUGUCACUUUCACUAAAACAGGAAUUUCUCUGGUACUUUUGGGAUUAUGCAAGUACUGCAUUACAUAUCUGUGCCAGCGGUUUUUGGAUAUUUUAUUACAUUUACAAAAACAUAUUGUGGCUUUAAUGCACUUUAAAGAGUUUCGUGUCAAUCUAUGAAGCGAUGCACAGAAGCAAAACUAAAACACCUUAUUGCCUUGUGUACUAAUGUUUGACAAAUUUCCUGUAACUUUCUUCUAUAACUUAUUUCUCUCUUUUUUCUGCUGUUUUUACUUGACUUUUGGAUUGUGCUCUAUUGAAUCUAUUGUUUCGUAAUCUUUAAUAACUGCUGUAAUAAGUCUGAUAUUCUGUGCAAUAAACAAUGUGCAAGACGUUUA